UGCGUUUGCCUUCUUUUGCCUAUACAAAAUGCCACCGUCUUUAGAUCCUCAAAGCCGAAAGUCCACUCCCCGUUCAUUUAUGAACCAGACCGCCUCUGCCGAAGACUUGUUGAAGUCGCAAACUGUUGGUCUGGUUCACCUCUCCGACUUCAGGAAAAGACGAGCUGAGGUUCUCGAACAAAAGGAAAGAGAGGCGCAUGAUAAAUCUCUUGGAAGAUUCGCUCAAGGGACAUCCAGGAGCGCCACCCCUUCUGGUGGAGAAACAACUGAUGGUGCACUGACACCACAAAAUGGGUCUGCGGAACAACACCCCAAGAAAAGGAAGAAGAAGCUAGGUAAUCUUUCGAAAAGCAAAUUAUCUUUUGGCGACAAUGACGUGGAGGAUGCCUCAGAGGCUUCUGGCACAUUAUCAGUGGAUGCCGGUGAUCGGAAUUCCCCAACGAAAACUCCCGCGGAAGGCAGUCCAAAACCCCCCGCACGACGCAUCGCGCCCAACCCAAACCUUUCUGUCCCCCCCCCAAAAGUUAUCACAAAAUCCGCCUUGGAAGCUGAAGCACAAACUCGAGAUGCACUCCGGCGUGAAUUUUUGGCGCUUCAAGAGAGGGUCAAAGCGACUGAGAUAUUGAUUCCGUUUGUGUUUUACGAUGGGACAAAUAUUCCUGCCGGGACUGCGAAAGUGAAGAAAGGUGAUCCGAUAUGGGUUUUUCUUGAACGGUGCCGGAAAGUAGGAGCGGAAUUGGGCAUUGGCGGUGCUGGCGGGGGCGGUAGGAGUGGUAGAGGCCGUAGGGACUAUCGUAGGGAAUGGGCAAGGGUUGGUGUUGAUGAUUUGAUGUGUGUUAGGGGGAACAUAAUUAUUCCACAUCAUUAUGAAUUUUAUUAUUUUAUUGCGAACCGAGUCCCGAGUUUCACCACUGCGGGAGGGCUACUCUUCGACUACUCAAAUACGGUACCGCCGCAGUCUAGCGAAGAUCCUGAAUCGGAACCCACUCUGGAAGGUGCGGAUAUGGACCCAACUUUGACCAAGGUAGUGGACCGCAGAUGGUUCGAAAGAAACAAGCAUAUCUUCCCCGCGAGCCUCUGGCGAGAAUACGAGCCUGGAAAGGAGUUUGAGGAAAAGAUGGGAAGCAUUAGGAGGGAUAACAAAGGCAACGCUUUCUUUUUUUAA